GCACGCGCGGCCGCGAUGGCUUCGGGCUGUCCGGCGGCCUUCGGGGACCCGAGCGAAGUGCGCGAGGGCUUCCUGUGCCCGCUGUGCCUGAAGGAUCUCCAGGCGUUCCGGCAGCUCCAGGCGCACUACGAGGAGCAGCACCCGGGCGAAGACCGGGACGUCAGGGCGCAGCUCCGAAAUCUAGUCCAGAAGGCCAAAAGAGCAAAGAAGAAAUUGCUGAAACAAGAAGAUGAUGACAGAACUGAUUCUGGAUCUCAAGAACGAUAUGAGUCAUUCAGCUAUGGUGGAGUCGAUCCAUACAUGUGGGAGCCCCAGGAAUUAGGUGCUAUGAGAAGCCAUCUUUCUGAAUUCAAGAAACACCGAGCAGCCAGGAUUGAUCACUAUGUAGUUGAAGUCAAUAAGUUAAUAAUCAGGUUAGAAAAGCUUACAUCGUUUGACAGAGCAAACACUGAGUCAGCUAAAAUAAGAGCUAUAGAGAAGUCUGUUGUGCCUUGGGUCAGUGACCAGGAUGUUCCAUUUUGCCCAGACUGUGGCAGUAAGUUCAGCAUCCGAAACCGACGUCACCACUGCCGCCUUUGUGGGUCUAUUAUGUGCAAGAAGUGCAUGGAAUUUGUCAGUCUUCCUUUGGCAAGCAAACUCACUAGUGCCAGCAAAGAGGCCUUGGGUUCUCAUACGAGCCCCAACUCCUCACCCAGCAGUGUGCACGGCUCCCGCCGUGGCAGCAUUAGCAGCAUAAGCAGUGUGAGCUCUGUUCUGGAUGAGAAAGAUGAUGAACGAAUCCGUUGUUGUCAGCAUUGCAAAGACACCCUGUUGAAAAGAGAGCAACAGAUUGAUGAGAAAGAAUACACACCAGAGAUUGUGAAACUCUAUGAGAAACUCCGACUCUGCAUGGAGAAAGUUGACCAAAAGGCACCAGAAUACAUAAGGAUGGCAGAAUCACUAAAUGCUGGGGAGACAGCCUACAACCUUGAUCAUGCUAAUGACUUGAGGGUGGAGAUUCAAAAAAUGUAUGAAUUUAUAGAUGCCUUAAGCAAGAAGAUUUUGAGUCUAGGCUUGCACGAAGAUCCUCAACCUCAUCCUAAAAUACUACAACUUCAGCGAAUGAUAAGAUAUUCAGCUACACUUUUUGUUCAGGAAAAACUGCUUGGCCUAAUGUCCCUGCCAACCAAGGAUCAGUAUGAAGAACUGAAGAAGAGAAGACUGCAUAUGGUAAGACAGGUUGCUCUUGAAACACAGGGAAAACAAGAGGAAAAGCUGAAGGAGUUUAUCUCCAUAUCUGCAUCUGCAGUUAAUGGUGAUGAAACUCACAUAAAAAAAGGAACAGUCAGAAAAUCUGAAGGCUGGUUACCCACAUCUAGUAUUUCAAGAGAAAGCGAGAGAGCAGACCCACUUCUUCAGCAGAUUGACAAUAUCACAUCCUUUAUUAAGCAAGCAAAGGCAGCUAAUAGGAUAGAUGAGGUCCAUACGUUGCAAGAGAACCUGGUGCAGCUUCAGGAUGAAUAUGAUCAACAACAAACUCUGAAAGCUAUUGAGCUUUCUAAAAAACAGGCAGAAGAGGAAGAGAUACAGAGGGAGGAACUUCAGGUCCUCCGUGAAAAAGAGCGGGAAAGAGAGCACCAUAAAUUCAUGUCUCAGCAUUCAAGGACACGCUCCUUAGACUUCAGAGAAGUCAAACAGCAUUUGGAUGUUACUUGGAUCAAAGAGGACACAAGUUUUGAAACUCCUGCUGUUGAGCAGCUGCCAGCUAAAGAGCCCUUGACCUUCACACUCAAAUCCCAGAAUGUCCCACAGUGUGACAAAGACUGGGAUCAGCCACCCUGUCUAAACCCCUUUGAGGAUGAAGCAGAUACCCCUCAGGAAGAGGAAGAUCCCACUAACCCAUUUACCAAAGACACUUCUCCAGUGGUUUCUUUCUCUAACACAGCUCAGCAAAGUGAUAAAAAAGAAUAUAAUCCAUUUGAAAGUGAGGAGGAGGAUGAACAAAGUAAUGGAGCACCUGGCAGUACUUCAAACCCCUUUGAAGAGGAUGAAAAUCCAUUUGAAAAGCCUGGGGGCAGUUGGAAUUCAGGGAAUCCCUUUGAAGAGGGAUCGUCUAUCAAUCCCUUUGAAGUGGAGGAUGGCAGUGAGAUCUCUUGCGAAGAGGCUAUAGAGGAAGAGCUGCUUCUCCAACAGAUAGAUAAUAUUAAAGCUUAUAUAUUUGAUGCCAAACAUAGUGGACGACUGGAUGAGGUGGAGGUACUGACAGAGAACUUAAAGGAACUGAAGCACACAUUAGCAAAGCAGAAAGAGAAAUCCAACUGCUGAAGCAGCAAUAGGGCUGUGUAAUAAUUCCGUCUGCUGUCAAAUAUGGGAAAGUAAAGCAGAUACUUACAGACAGGAGUACAGAUCACAAGAGGGAAUUGGGAGAAUCCUGACUUUAAAGCACUUUCAUUUAGACAUUGCCACUACUACACAGACUUGAAGAAAGAAUUACUGAGGAAUGCUGCUUGUCUCAAAAGCUUAGAGUAAGAAAUUUUAAAAUAACUUUUUACAGGACUUCUAAUGCUAACUGGUCUUACUGAAUGCUUAUUUUGGUCCAGAGGUGAAGUGCUAAUAGGGAACUAUGAUGUGGAAGUGGUUGGAAUGUUGGUUUGCCCUCUUUCCCACUUUCUGUUGUAGUGUUGGCCUUUCAAGCGUGGCUUUGACUAAAGAGAGAUGAAAACUUUUCCAAAACUUCUUCAUCCUCUCCUGACCCAGUGUAGUUGAACUCUAAUGGUGUUCUGGCUGUUAAAGAGCUGGUGUGAUUCUCCAGGGUGCUGAAUGUACAGGAUUGCAGAUCAAGUUUGUACAAUGCUAAUAAAUAUAUUAAAAAAAAAGGGAUCUUAUGACUGAGAAGAACUUUGUAACUGAUCUUAGUAUGAGUAGCUUCUUAGUGUCUGUAUAAAGAUUCCCAAGUAAAAUUUGCAUGCUUCUUUUCAUCA